AUGGGAAAUGUCAAGGUCAAAGUGAAGAAUGGAAAAACUGCUCUAAUCAAGGAUGUUUGGUAUGUUCCUGGCAUGAAAAUAAAUCUGAUGAAUGUAGGUCAUCUAAUUAAGAAAGGUUUCUCAGUUAUUAUGAAGGACAAUCUCUUGAAGUUGUAUGAUUCUGAUCAGAAGCUGAUUAUGCAGACUGAACAGGGAAGCAACAGAAUAUUCAAGGUGAAUGUGGAAGCAACUGAAACUAAAUGCCUAAGUGUGGAAGGUGUUAAAGGUGACUGUGAGUUGUGGCACAAGAGAUCGGGGCAUCCGAACUUCAGAAGCUUAAGGUAUCUGAGUUAUAAGAAGUUGGUACAUGAAAUUCCUAAGAUUGUAAAGCCUAAGAAGUCAUGUGUUAUAUGCAUGAAAGCUUCACUUGGAGAAAAUAAUUAUUUUGUUCCAUUUAAGGAUGAGUUCAUAAGAAUGACAUGGAUAUCACUCAUCAAGUUUAAGUAUGAGGUGUUUGUUAAGUUUCAGAAGUUCAAGAAGUUCAAGGUGAAAGCUGAAAAACAGAGUGGUCAGAAGCUGAAAAUUCUCAUAAUUGAUGGUGGGGAUUCUGAGUCUGAAAAUGAGCCAGAGUCUGAAGGUGACACUGAUGCUAAAGUUGAGUCUGACUUUGAAGGAGAAUUUGAUGAUUUAGAUUCUGACAAUGAUUCAGAUUCUGAGGAUGAUCCAGAUUCCGAAGAUGAUCUAGACUCUGGUGGUAAUCUAGCCUCUAAAGGUAGACCUUCUGAAGGCACACCCUCUAAAGUUAUAGUUUCUGAAGGUGGUUCUGCUUCUGAAACUAGGCCAUAG